GGUCGCAGAAGCGGCUGAUCAAUAUCGCCGAGGGCAGGCUUUCGGGGUCUCGUCAUUCCGGUCUUCGUUCUUUUCGGAUGAUGAGGGUGCAUCAACGCGUGUAUCGCAACAGGAUGCUAAGAAGAGGGGCCCAGCAUUAUUCGCAUGCAGUCUACUCCCGAUUUGCACCAGGCUCAUCAACAAGAACAACAGCGAAGUGCUGCUACUACGGCGGCGGCUGCUAAUAUGGUGACUCCGUUGCCGCGCGGGCGUGUGAGCAAUUACACAUCAAUUAUUCCUGAUGGGUCUAACUCGCCGCCAGAAAUCGAGUCUGAUUAUUCCGACGAGUACUCUGAUGAGGAGUUUUCGCCAGCGCCUAAGCGCAAGAAUGACUUUAGGAUUCCUUCGUGGGCUACGACACCUGAGUUGGCGCGCGGGUUAAUGAAUCAGGAGCGGGUUAAUCCGGAUCGCAUCUUUGGGAGGGUGAAGCCGCUGAGGGUUAAUGAUAUUUUCAAUCGGAGGGAGUCUGGGGAGUCGAGAAGGAAGCCAAGGAAUAGCUCAAUGAUUUGGACUGGCUCGGAUGCUUUGACGGCGGACGAUGAGCUGGAGUAUAUCCGUCGGAUGGGGUUUGACGCGUAAAUUAAGCUUUUUAUUUAACGUCUUUUUUGGAGUACAUAUAUGUUCUACCAUUUUAAUCGUUUGUUUUUGCUGAAAUUGAAAAAAAAUUAGUGCGAU